AUGCCUCCCAGGCCAACAUAUUCGCUAGCAGAUGUGCUUGCUGUUGCACGAUUGCACCCGUUCUAUUGCUCUUCUCAGUACCCGCCAGAUGAAGACGCCAUUCAGUAUGCAAGAGAGGAAGCGGCAUCGAAGUACGAACAAGCUGAGCUAAAUUCAUGGCCAUUGCUUCGAAAAAGCGACUUAUAUACCGUGAUUGAACGGCUUAUCAACGACACCGACCCGAGGAACACGUAUCGCCACAAUGUCUACACAAGUGUCACGGGCGGAGGCGGAGGUGUAUCAAAGCCUUUGUUCUUCGCGACAGAUGCUAUCGAAAACCGUCGGCAUAGAGCCCUAUUUGGUGAGUUUCUAAAGAAGACCGGCAUCAUUGAACGUGGAGACUGGGUCCUGUCGACUCAUCACGGCGGCAGCUUAUACAGAUCCCUUGAUCUUGCACUCGAGAUUAUGGAAAAUGCCGGUGCUUCUGUGCUAGCCGCUGGGCACCAAUGCUCACCUGCUACUGUGGUGCGGAUCCUGCAAGACUUUGACGUCAACGUUCUCACUGGCGACAGCAGUCAGAUCGUAUCAAUCAUCCACCAUAUGUCGACCAUACCAGACAUAAAGAAGAAGAUCAAGAUCAGAAAAGUGAUAUACACGUCUGAAGGGCUUUCUAUAAUGCAGAGAGUGCAAAUCUACAAGGUGCUGGCCCCAGUGGCCAUAUACUCUGUACUCGGGAGUGCAGAGGCUGGUCCUUAUGGAGCAAGUAGCCCCUUUCUCGUGGACUUUGACCCCUCCUCGAACUAUAAUGAUUUCGUUAUCGAUACGCGGAUGACGAUCAUUGAGGUCCUUCCUCUAUCUUGCGCGGGCAGCGAGAGCGACGAGAUCCCUGAACCACUACCGGACGGAGAAACAGGUGUCAUUGCACAAACGGUGCUGACACGUCUACGCCACCCUGUGAUACGUUACAUAACUGGCGAUAUCGGCUCCAUUCACGCUCUGCCACAAAAGGCCGUUGAUCGCGUUGUCAAACAUGAUCUACCUCAUUAUCGCAUUCUCCGCUUGCAGGGUCGCGAUCAUCGCUUCAGUUUCAUGUGGGAUGGAUGUGACUUUCAGUUCGACAAACUCAAUACGAUCUUAUCUGAUACUCAGUCUGGAGUUCUCUUGUGGCAGGUGAUACUAGACAAGAUGCAAACGUCGCAAGAAAUUUCGUUGGAGAUUCGUCUGUUGAGCGGCCAGAACUCAGGGGAUACAGUGCACUCACAGACCUUGUUGGACCGGCUGAAGGCAUGCCUAGAUGUUAAUCCAUCUAAUGAGCACAAGUUCAAGAUCACUUUUGUGAAUGAUGUUCUUGGGUUUGAGCUCAGUGGGACAGGCCGAAAGGUCAUUCGGUUUGUUGACCACUCUUUGAUAGGAGUUUAG